AUGCCAGCCAGGACUUCCCUGUCGUUGCCAGAGGAUGUCAGGAAAAGGCUGCAAGUGCUGCACGAAGAUGGAUCUUCAGACGAGGAUCACGUGAAGGAGAAGCUCAAACUGGUGCAGGAUUUCCUGCACGCCGAUGCUCAGGAUGCCCUCGGCAAUCUGGAGGAAAGGAUGAAAAGCUCAGAAAUCUCCAUGGAGGACUACAUCUCCAACGUCAAGUCCCUGCUGGGAAAGGAGCUCAACCUAGAGAACGGUGAGGAGUCCAACGGCAAAACGAACGGCCUCAGCAAUGGCUCCCACAAAGACAAGGACGUCGUUAUGGAGGAUGAGGAAGACGAGGCCAUCAAAUCGCCAAGCGCUCGAGGGAAAGGGCGCAAGAGUAAAACUGAAACCAAAAAAUCGCCGGCCAGUUCCAGGGUGACGAGAAGUGGUGGAAAGCAACCAACCAUUACGUCAAUGUUCUCCAAAGUUCAAAAACGCAAGUCUGAAGACCUGAAUGGAGAAGCCACAAAUGGAGAAACUGAAGUGAAACAAGAAGAUGUUGCUGAAGAGUCUCAAGAGAAACGCCUGAAAGUGGAGUCUGCAGAAGAAGUCAAAACUGAAACUAAAACAGUUUCAGCUGCAAAGACGCCACCUCCCAAAUGCCCAGAUUGCAGGCAAUAUUUAGACGACUCCGACCUAAAGUUCUUUCAAGGGGAUCCGGACACUGCGCUGGACGAGCCGGAAAUGUUGACUGACGAGCGCCUCUCCUUGUUCGACUCGAACGAGGACGGUUUUGAGAGCUACGAGGAUCUGCCGCAGCAUAGAAUAACAAAUUUUAGUAUCUAUGACAAACAUGGCCAUCUCUGCCCUUUUGACGCUGGACUGAUUGAGAGGAACGUGGAACUCUACUUUAGUUGCGUCGUUAAACCUAUCUAUGACGACAACCCCUGCUUGGAUGGUGGUGUUCCUGCCAAGAAACUUGGACCCAUUAAUGCCUGGUGGAUUACUGGAUUUGAUGGAGGAGAAAAAGCUCUCAUCGGGUUCACCACAGCAUUUGCUGACUAUAUCCUGAUGAAUCCCAGCGAGGAGUACUCGCCCAUCUUUGCACUGAUGCAGGAGAAGAUCUACAUGAGCAAAAUUGUGGUGGAGUUCCUUCAGAAGAAUCCAGAUGCCAGUUAUGAGGACCUUCUCAACAAGAUUGAGACUACAGUUCCGCCACCAGGCCUCAACUUCAACUGCUUUACUGAGGACACUCUACUGCGCCACGCCCAGUUCGUGGUGGAGCAAGUGGAGAGCUACGAUGAGGCAGGCGACUCUGAUGAGCAGCCCAUCAUCGUCACGCCCUGCAUGCGCGACCUGAUCAAGCUAGCAGGCGUUACGCUAGGGAAGAGCAUGCUGCUAUACUGGCGAGCUGCCAGACGACAAGCUAUCCGUCACCCUACCAAGAUCGAAAAGGACAACAAGGGUCCCACUAAAGCCACCACCACUAAGCUGGUCUACCUGAUCUUUGACACGUUCUUCUCGGAACAGCUGGAGCAGGAUGACAAGGAGAACGUGACCAAACGACAGCGCUGCGGUGUCUGCGAGGUUUGCCAAUCUCCUGACUGUGGCAAGUGUGCUGCCUGCAAAGACAUGAUCAAAUUUGGAGGAAGUGGCAAAAGCAAACAGGCUUGUAAGCAACGAAGGUGCCCAAACUUGGCCGUAAAGGAGGCAGAGGAUGACGAGAACGUGGAGGAGGAAGAUGUGCCGGUCAAGAGCAAGAAAGCGUCUCGGGUGAAGAGGAAGAAGCAGACUCAGUGCAAGCUGACAUGGAUAGGCGAGCCCAUUCAGUGUGAAGGCAAGAAGCAGUACUACAAAAAGGUCUGCAUGAAUGAUGAAGAGCUGGAAGUGGGCGAUUGUGUCUCAGUAUCGUCAGAGGAUCCGUCCACUCCGUUGUACCUGGCGAGGAUCACGGCAAUGUGGGAGGACAACAAUGGCAAGAUGUUCCAUGCUCACUGGUUCCUCCGCGGCACUCAAACGGUGCUCGGCGAGUCGUCCGACCCCCUGGAGCUCCUCCUUGUGGACGACUGCGAGGACAUCUCAUUGAGUUACAUACAAGGCAAAGUCAACGUCACCUACAAGGCACCCUCCGACAACUGGUUCAUGGAGGGCGGGUCUGAUGUCGACGUGAAAGUCAUCGAAGACGACGGUAAAAGUUUCUUCUAUCAGUUCUGGUACGACACCGAUUUUGCCCGCUUUGAGACUCCACCCAAGACCACACCAUCGGAAGACUGCAAGUUCAAGUUUUGUACCAGCUGCGUGAGGAUUAAAGAGCGUGAGGAAUGGGAAACUCCUCGCGCCUUUGAGCCCUUGGAUGAAGAGCACGACUCAAAGGCACUCUAUGCAUUGGGCUGCUUCAAAGGCGAGCAGUUCAGAGUAGGAGACAGUGUCUACCUGUCUCCUGAGGCCUUUACCUUCAGUGUAAAAGCAACCAGCCCGGUGAAGCGCUCCCACAGGAAAGAGGAUGUGGACGAGGACCUUUACCCAGAAUACUACAGAAAAUCCUCAGAUUAUAUUAAGGGCUCCAACCAGGACGCCCCGGAGCCGUUCCGAAUUGGCCGCAUCAAGGAGAUCUUCUGUCACCGGCGUAGCAACGGCAAGGCGGACUUGUCAGAGAUCAAACUACGACUGUACAAGUUUUACAGGCCUGAAAACACACACAAAGGCGUGAAAGCCAGCUACCACACAGAUAUCAAUCAACUGUACUGGAGUGACGAGGAGGUCACCGUCAGCAUGUCAGAUGUGCUUGGACGCUGUCAAGUCGAAUACGGAGAGGACCUUAACGAGCCGGUCCAAGAAUAUUCCAGCGGCGGAUCCGAUCGCUUCUAUUUCUUGGAG